AUGGACCUCAGCGUCCGCCGCGGGAACGACCACGACCCGUCGUGGUUCGCGGGCAUCGACGGCCUCGAGGCGUCGUACGACAUGGUCAUCGUCGGCGCGGGGAUCUCCGGAUGCGUCUUUGCCGAGCGCGGCUCGCGCGAGCUCGGCCUCAAGUCCCUGAUCAUCGACAAGCGCGACCACAUCGGCGGGAACUGCUACGACUUCGUCAACAAGCGCGGGUUCCGCGUGUCGCAGUACGGCGUGCACCUGUUCCACACGCGACACGAACGCGUGUGGGAGUACGUCAAUCGAUUCAGCGAUUGGACCCCGUACGAGCACCGCGUGAAGGGAAAGGUGGACGUCGGCGAAGGGUACAAGAUCGUGCCCAUCCCGCCGAGCCGCGAGACCGUGAACGCGCUGUUCCACGCGGACGUGCACACGGAGGAGGAGAUGGAGGCGUGGCUGAACGCGCGGCGGAGCGUCAAUGACGACCCGAAGAACGGCGAGGAGUCGGCGUUGACGCGCGCAGGAGAGGAGCUCUACGACGCGAUAUUCAAGCACUACACGAAGAAGCAGUGGGACAAGUACCCGGAGGAGUUGGACGCGAGCGUGCUCGCGCGGAUACCGGUGCGGACGAACGACGACGACCGGUACUUCAGCGACCCGCACCAGGCGCUUCCGAAGGACGGGUACACGAGGCUCUUCGAGAACAUGGUGAUGUCGGACCCGAACAUCACGAUUCGACUCAACGUCGACUUUUUCGAACGCAGGGACGCGCUCCCGAAGUGCGCGAAGACAAUCUUCACCGGGCCGAUCGACGCGUACUACGCGAGCCAAGGCCUGCCGAAGCUCGAGUAUCGAUCGCUGCGAUUCCGCGAGGAGUACCACGAGCCGGACCCGAGCGGCGAACACGGCGCGUUUUACCAGCCGUGCCUGCAGCUCAACUAUCCGGGGCCGGAGGUACCGUUCACGAGGAUCGUGGAGUACAAGCACAAGCCGAACCAGCCGGUCGAGGCGAGGAAUUCAAAGGGGACGGUGAUCUUCAAAGAGUACAGCUGCGAUCACGGCGAGCCGUACUACCCCGUGCCGAACCCGGCGAAUCACGCGUUGUACGAAAAGUACAAGGCGAUGGCGGAGAGAGAAGGGAAAGACGUGUGCUUCGUCGGGCGGCUGGCGAGUUACAAGUACUUCAACAUGGACCAGGCGUUUUUGAACGCGCUGGAGAUGUUCGACGAGGUGUGGGGGGAAGGCGCGGGGGAGCGCGGGAGGACGGUCUUAGGCGAGGGCGACGGGCCGAAGUGA